UUAUCGAACAGAUAAAGUAAUGUAGUUAUUUUAUAUUUACUACGUGAAAACUGAAUAAACAUCAACACAUCUAACGUAAGCUGCGCAUGCUGUAAAAGGAAGUGAUCUUUGAACUCAAGUUGUGAUGUAAAUGUGGUGCAAUACAUUGGACAGACCAAGACUCUGUGACAGCGUGCAAUUACCAUGGCUGCUCCCGCUGCUCUGCGGUUCGACGGACGAGUUGCAUUGGUUACUGGUGCAGGAAAUGGUCUUGGUCGCCAAUAUGCUCUUAUGUUUGCGAGUCGUGGCGCUGCAGUUGUUGUUAAUGACUUGGGUGGGGAUCUUAAUGGUGGAGGGAAAAGUACCAAAGCUGCUGAUAUAGUGGUGGAUGAAAUAAGGUCUAAAGGAGGAAAUGCUGUUGCAAAUUAUGAUUCUGUUGAAAAUGGAGCCAGAUUGGUACAGACUGCACUGGAAAAUUUUGGACGAAUUGAUAUCAUUGUCAACAAUGCCGGGAUAUUGAGAGAUAAUUUAUUUGCAAGAACAAGUGAUACAGACUGGGAUCUUGUACAUCGAGUUCACAGUCGUGGUGCAUUCCAGGUCACUAGGGCAGCUUGGCCACAUAUGAAAAAACAAAAGUAUGGAAGAAUUAUUAUGACAUCAUCAAGUGCUGGUAUCUAUGGCAACAUUGGUCAAGCUAGUUAUUCUACAGCUAAGCUUGGGCUGGUUGGACUCAGUUAUACAUUAUCCGAUGAAGGAAUCAAAUACAAUAUCAAUUGCAAUGCUAUAGCGCCAUUUGCCGCAUCCAGAAUGAUGACACCAGUAGUACCAGAUGAAGUUGUAGCACAACUGAAGCCUGAUUAUGUGGCGCCAGUGGUUUUAUAUUUAUGUCAUGAGAGUUGUGAUGAGACUGGAUCACUCUUUGAAGUGGGUGCUGGAUGGAUAGCUAAAUUAAAGUGGAGCAGGUCACAUGGGGCUGUCGUCAGAAAGAAAGGUGUACCAAUGUUACCAGAAGAUGUACGGGAUAAUUGGAACAAGAUUACAGAUUUCACCAAUUUUACCUUUCCAGAGAAUUUUCAGAGACCGUAUUUAGUGUUGAAUGAAAUUGAAAGUGAUACUGAUACCUCUGCUACCAAACCUUUACGAUCUGCAACUAGGAACCACAAUAGUUAUAAAACACCUCUGAAAAGCGAUGUGGUGUUCACCGAGAUGGGUAAAAGAGUCACCACGGACAUGGUGAACAAAAUAAAUGCUGUCUUUCUCUAUACAAUCACUGAUGAAAAUGGAAAAACACUCUCUCAAUGGAGUAAGUCUAAACUUUAA